AGCUUUGAAUUUUUUCUCAUUUGUGUGUCUGUCUGUCAUCAGUUUAAAUGUCUCGAAGUAUGAAUUUUAAACAGCAUUAAAUUUUGGAAGGUUUCAAUACAGAGAGACCUGUCUUGUAUUUUAACAAGAAAUGAAUUGGCUAAUAUCAUAUCACGGCAGCGCUUUCGAUCAGAUAACCCGGCUUCGAUCGUUUUAUUUUUUUCACCAAAUUCUUUUUUUUUUUAAAUGGUCAACUUGCAUCAAAAUGCAUGUAAGGAGCAAUUACCUGUAUAAAAGAGAAAAGGGGGAGCUGACCGCCCAGAGAGUCGACUUCCUCAAGCACAACAUCCUCAGUCCGGUGGAAUUGAGUGUGACCACAGAUGAUGCUUUGCACUUUGGAGAUGUGGUGAUGUUGGUGAACAUCGGCACAGAUGGCGAAUGUUUUGCUCUCGGCAUCAAUGCGUACAUUGAACACAUGACCAAGGUUCCUUCUCCUGGCAUUAAAGGUCCGUGUGGGGUCAGUGCUGGGAGAAACAUUCAGGCCUGUGUGCGCACGGCAUUCAUCAUAACCAGUGUAGAUGGCACUCCCGAAGGAGCAACUCUGCACUAUGAGCAAAGUUUUGCCCUGAAAACAACAAGUGGCUUCGCCGGGGAUUUGUACCUGACAAGUGAUGUGCAGACCUUCCGGAAGUCCGCGCUGAGGUCUCGUCUCCAGGAGGUCAGCUUGGAUGAGAGCGAAAGCUUCCCAGCUUGGUGGAAGGUGGUGCACUUUGACCCUCAGGAGAGGCUCGAGCACGAGGGUUUGCCUGUACCUGCCAAUGUCAACGUGGUCCUCUUCCACUGCAAGACAAACCAGGCCUUGGCUGUUCUGGAACAUCUAAUCCUUGGGACCAUAUACGGCAACGAGUACGAGGUGACCGCUCAUACUUUCUUGGACACCCACAGAGCUGAAAAGUCCAACAACCACUGGAUCAUGUGCACCGGUGACCCAGCCAGGGAAGGCCUCCUGCUUCUCAAUCGCCUGGAGUCAGAGGGAAACUGUGUAUCGUUGCCCCGGGACGACGGCCCAUCAGAGUAUAUCACAUGUAGCGUAUGUAAUUAUAGGGAAAACAGAAUAUCUGAGCUGCUUCGUUAACAACUGCCGGUGCCCAUCGCAGCUAUUUCCAGGCAGCCUGCGGGGUUCACCCUGAACUGGUUUCCAGCCAAUUGCAGUACUGCAAUAGAUGUAUUUUCAAAUGGAUAAACAAAUAUUAAAGCACAUGAUUAUUUCUUCAGGUGUCAAAAACAUAGUUGUUGCACUUGCAUUCCUGAACAGAAAAAUGACAUGGUGAAGUUUGAUUUUGCUUCAAAUUCCACAUUCCUGGCCAAUGAACUGAAAAAGGCACAGAACGAUGCUGGAUGCUCAGCCUGUUUUUAUGACAUGCCCUCGAAUGAACGAUUUGCAGUAUAGUAGAUAGCAUUUCCUGGAAAUGCUCAAAUGUCAAACUAAUUGAAAAAAUCUGGCAACACCACCCUCAAUGUCUGAUUCCUUAGUAUAUUAAUAGGUAGCAAACGAGUGAGUGAGUUUGGCGGGUUUCCCAGUGAGGAGAUGGACGAUUGUGACGGGCAAAGGAAUUUUUUCUUUGAACAUCGAAAACGAGGUGGCUAGUUUGUAGGUGUGAAAUUCAUAAAACUAUGUGACGAGAUGUUCUCUGAUGGAAAAUGCCACAUUCGAAAAAACAAAAAUAUUGACAGUGCUUUUUUUUUGUCGUAUUACAGCCUUACUCAGAAAUGAAAUGCUGCUAUAAUCAGUUUUUUUUUUUUUUCAGGAGUCUGAUUGUUUAAAAAAAAAAGACGUAUUCACAGCCUUUGGUAUGAAGAUGAAAAUUGAGCUCAGGUGCAUCCAGCUUCCAUUGGUCAUUGCUGAGAUGUGGUAAACUCAGUUGAUUGGACAUUACUUGUUUUUUAGAUAUUUUUAAACUUUACUUAUGCCAAGUUUUUGACUUAUGAUAUAAGAUAUAUACACACAAAACACAUGAUGCUUGAUUGACCUCUGGGGCUUCCUGUGGCUAACACAAAUACUUUGACAUGGAUACAGGUUUGCGUCAUUGAUUGGAAGGUUUCAGGCGCUGUUGCAAAACUCGUUCAAUGAAUGAUGACAUGACACGGUGCAAUUACUGUACUACUCUCUGUUGUUCAUCCGAGGUUGCAUUUACCCAAUCUGACCUGCUAAAUUCCAGAUCGCGUUUUAAUUAAGAACAAGUCGUGUGUGUGUGUCUCCUGUUACGUGAAAGCAGGGUUGGACUUUGCUCUUCACAUGACAGUCCCGCCAAUACCUGGGGUCAUAUAUCCACAGAUAUCUUUUCAAAUACUUUAUGGUAAAAAGGGUUGUGGAGGGGAAAAAAAUUCUCGGAAUUUUUUUCACACAGCAACCUCAGCAACUUUGUAUCGUGGCAAACAAAAAGAUAAAGGUUAAUCAUCUGUGAUGCUUUGACAAUAACCUUGGUGAGCCGUGUCUUUAUUGGGGCAAACAGAAGACCUAAGAACUGUACAUGUUACCCCAAAAAAAAGCAUUUUAAACAAACCCUUGAAGAGAAAUACUGAGCAACCGCUGGAUUGACUUUUAAACUCAGUGACACAAAGAUUCCCCACUGUGACUUCAUCGAAAGCAAUGCCCUCCCCCCACUGGAGACCGCCAUUCUGGUCUUUCGUUGGGCUCAGUUGGCAGCCCGGUUGUCUCAGGGCCCUGUGGCUCCCUUGUGUAAGUCAUGUGGGGGUCCCGUAUUUCACUUGACGAUUGGGCCGGGGCCGGCUCAGGAUUGCUCGGAUACAGGCGUGGGGGCGAUUCACAAGCGUGGUCUCCCUUGACAUCAGCUUAACUCUCAGGUGUCAAACUCAAGGCCCGGGGGCCAGAUCCGGUCCGCCGCUUGAUUUUAUUGUUCCAUGGUUCUUAUUAAAAUCUGUAUCAAAAAUAAAUGAUAAAGGGGAACUAUCAGACCGGGGGAUUUCCCAGUAAGCGUCUAUUACGUACCCAGAGUUCCCCUGUUAGUAAAUAGCAUUUAUCGCAAGGAGACUUUUCAGUACGGGGGAGCGCUCAGACCGUCACACCGGCUCUAAUUGGCCAUCAUUCCUCAUCAAGUCACAAUCAUGGAGUCCAGCUCUAUCUUAACUAUACUAUAGUAUAGUAUACUAUAAUGUGGCCCUCAACAAAAAUGAGUUUGACACCCCUGACUCAAACACGAGUUCCUCUCGAGCUGUUGACACUUCACUUCUCAAAGACUUAUUUAGACACCUAAUUGUCUUUCGAAGGCCGAGUGGCACUGCACAGCAACUUUCACUCAAUACGGAAGUAAAUAUGUGCCACCAGGAUUUGAAUUUAAAAUGCCACUGAAAAUUUCAUGUUGUAAAAUUCACAUUGUUAUUUCAAAGUGAUCCCAUUUUCAAUAGCUGUAUUUCCAUUUAACUUUUCAAUGUUAACAAAUUCGCCAUGUAAAAAAUGCAACCUUUCAAAUUCAAACGCAAUAUUUUCAGUCUCCUGAGAUUCAGCUGGCUAUAAUUUUCUGUCUGGCUACAAUUUGCUGUUUAAAAUUCACCGUCUGUGGCACCAAGCAGGGUUACUACAGUUCAGAACCCAACACCCAGGCAAUCCAGUUACACUUUCUUAGUAUGUGAUGGCACGUGACUAAGAAAGCGUAACUGGAUUGGCUGGGUGUUUGGGUUGUGACUUGACCACUUCGGACCACUUGCACGUUAAUUAUACAGCGUAUCGAAAAUAGUGAUGUUAAUUUUUUUUUUAUUGUUGUCACAUCCUAAUGAGCAAGUUCUGCAUCUCCUUCAUUGUUGCUGUCUGCCUUUGCCCAGUUUUCUUGUUUUUCAGUGUAUUUUGAAGGGGAUGCCCGGUUCUUGGUUAUGGCCCUGUUGUGCCAUAUUUUUUAAUGUAGCUGGAAAUUCUUUUUAAUCCAUUUCUUGACUGAUACCCGCGAGCAGCAAGAUCCAUCUGCUUCUGUUGGAGCUCUUUGCAAACCAUGGCUGGUGCUAAAUGACAACAAAAGUUGAACUUUAUUUGUGGUUCAUCUGAGACACUGUAAUUGGUUUUAUCAUUUAUGUGUCCAAUACCAUUUAAUAAGUUUAUGUGUGAUGGGUGAUUGUGAACACAGCCAUAUCCCUAGCCAUUAGGGUGUGCACACUUGCGCCACCACAUUAUCUCAAAAAUGUUAUUUUUUUUCCUUUCUAUCCAAAAGAUUUAAUUUCUUUCCCAGUUAAGUUGUACAGGAUGUAGGUCAGAUUAAUGGUGUAAAAAAAAAUAACAUUCACAGGGCACAAAUAUGCAAACACAUAUUCACACCUAUAGGCAAUUGAAUUAUUUCAUCUAAUUCAACAUUUUUGAAAUGUGGAAAGGAAACCGAAGUACUUGUAGAAAGAAAACCCACGCAGACACGGGGAGAGCAUGAAAACGCCAUACAGGCGGGGCUGGGAUUUGUACUUGGCAGUUGGCUAAAUAUUAAUCAUUCAUGAAAAUUAUGCAACUGGAUUGGAAUUAUUAAACUGUAUAAAUGCAUGAUAAUAAACUGAACAUUAUACUGGAUCCUCAGAUAAAAUACAAUAUUGUACCUCGACAAUUAACACUCAAAGGCUCUACUUAGGUACUCUUCACGGUAUUUCACUAGCUGGGCCACAUUGUACCAUAGAAAGAUCAUUUUAAAUAAGUGAAUUAUCAUGAGGCGGCAUGGUGGAUCAGCUGGUAAGCCGUUGGCCUCACAGUUCUGAGUGCCCGGGUUCGAUCCCGGCCCCGCCUGUGAGGAGUUUGCAUGUUCUUCCCGUGCCUGCGUUGCUUUUCUCCGGGCACUCCGGGUUUCCUCCCACAUCCCCAAAACAUGGAACAUUAAUUGGACACUCUAAAUUGCCCCUUGGUGUGAUUGUGAUUGUGAGUGUGGUUGUUUGUGUCGAUGUGCCCUGCGGUUGGCUGGCAGCCAGGUCACGGUGUACCCUGCCUCCUGCCCUGUUAACAGUUGGGAUAGGCUCCAGCACCGCCACCCUUGUGACGACAAGCGGUAAAAAAAUGGAUGGAUGGAUGGAUGGAUGAAUUAUUAUGAAUGAAAAGAUUCUAAUAAUACCAAAAGGCCUGUAUGGUUUAUACUAGGAAUAUAUGUCGCUUUGUAAUUUAUGGGUCACAAAACCAUCAAGGACCACUUGAGUAGCUAACUGAACUGGGACUUGAACAUAUGUAAACGCAAAAUUAAGUAUUUCACGUAAUAUUUAUCGGUUUCCUACCUCGUUAAAUCACUUGGUGAUUAUUGUGAGAAUAUGCAAUGAGAGGUAUAGUAAUUUGAGCACAUUUGCUAUAGAUCUGUAUUUCAAAGACAUCGGUGACCAUUUUUGUAACCUGGGGUCUCAUUGAUGCAU